CCUGCACUUCGACGACCGCUUCUCCGACGAGCAGCUGGUGACCAUGUCGGUGCGCGAGCUGAACCGCCAGCUGCGCGGGGUCAGCAAGGAGGAGGUGAUCCGGCUGAAGCAGAAGAGGCGGACCCUGAAAAACCGCGGCUAUGCCCAGUCCUGCCGCUUCAAGAGGGUGCAGCAGAGGCACGUCCUGGAGUCCGAGAAGAACCAGCUGCUGCAGCAAGUCGACCACCUCAAGCAGGAGAUCUCCAGGCUGGUGCGCGAGAGGGACGCGUACAAGGAGAAGUACGAGAAGUUGGUGAGCAGCGGCUUCCGAGAAAACGGCUCGAGCAGCGACAACCCGUCCUCUCCCGAGUUUUUCAUGUACCCAAGGGAAUCCUCUACAUCAGUGAUGUGAGAAAAUCCAGUUGCCUGAAGUCCAAGAGGUACAUCUUGAUUUUUGAUUUGCAUGCGCUUGCCAGAGUGAGUUUUUCGUGAGGGGGGGAAAAGUAAACGGAAGCACGUAAGGAAUGCUGCUAAUUCUGUAGAGGAGAGAAGUUCCUGUUUUCGUAGCGUUUGUAUUCGGGUGCCACAUAAACGGAAGCCAUCCAUGCAUUUGUAUUCUGUAUUUAUGUCAUUACACAAACAUGGGGUAGAGAAUAAUCUAAUGUGAGUUGAAAUUAGACUUACUGGACUGGAGUCUAUUGGACACUCAAAGAGCUAGUCCUUCAACUUGAACGACAGACGAUUUGGGUGAAUCUGUGUAACUAGCAGCCAUAUUGCCCUUGCUCACAUUGACCUGGGCCUUGUAAACAUUGCAAAUGUUGCAGUCACAUAUUUACAUUUGGAAAAUUUAGUAUAAUUUCCAAGCACAGUAUGUCCCCUGACCUUCUGCAGCCAAAUGUGACAAUGGAUUCAAUCCUCACUUCAAUUGUAGACAGAAGGGGAGAGGAGGAGACAAGUGGGAGGCAGAAAUCUGAUUUUCAUCUGCUAAAAAAAUGAAAUUGAGCUAUUUAAAUGGGUUUUCAGUUACAAGUAUCCCAGCGUGAAUUUAAUUAUGAACUCUCUUCUUUUGGAAAGCUAGACCAACACUCUUACACCGAUAAUUACUUAGUGUCAUGGUUUUAUGUAUUCUUGUCACCUCUUAUUGGCUAAUGGAACAUUUUUUUUUUAUUAAAAAUUUUGCUUGCUGAGAAAUUUGCAUGAAAUACAUUUUUUGGUUUCUAGCUAAACUGAGGGGGGCAAAAAAUCACACUGUCAAAUUGCUACUCUUUGCAAAGGAGGCACUUUAAGGAUCCAGUGAACAGAGAGAGCAUUGGAAAAACAGAACCCAUUUUUCCCACUAUUCCAAAAUAGUAUCUGAUUACUUAUUUCUACAUGGUGCUAUGAUGAGAGUUUUGUGUUGAAUAACUGGACUAUGACUAUUUAGUAUGAUUUCUUUGCUAAUCUUAUAUAAAAUUAACAUUUUAUUUAAUAGUUCCCAUGCAUAUAUUUUAAUGCAACGUUUGCCUUUGGGGUUCAUUUGCGUGUCCAAAUGUAUGCAUGCAGUUUCAAUACAUUAUUCCUUUCUUGUCCUUGUCUUUGUAAUUGCCAUUUGAAAACCACCUAUUACAUGUGAUGAUUUAAAUCCACUGGCAAGUUCCAUGACAUUGAGACCAUCCAUUUUUGAGCAAAGAGUUAAUGAACUUUAAAGGCAAGGUUCACACUGGCCCUGACCUCCUGGUAAUAUUUCAUAUAAGGUUACUAGUGGGAGAAAAAUCAAAUUUCAGCUGUGAACAUGAUUGACAGGUGAGAGCAGGGAAGAGAAAGGCAUUUGAUCAGAUAGGGAAUUUGGGGAGAAAGAGGACAAUUCCUUGAAGUUACUCUAUGAUAUUAGAUAUUAUAAGCUGAUAUAUGAAAAGUUCAAUACUUGGUACUCUUGGGAGAGUUACUUAGUUUACUUUUUUUUUUUUUUUCCUGGAAAGUCACUUUGGUUAAGGGAUUUCAGCUAGGGAAGCCAAAAAUGGUGAGACACUAGCUUUCCUGCUCUCUAGCUCAUUUCAACCAUGUAUAGCUUUGUGGCUUAUUUUUGGCAAUUUUUUAGGCUAGGGUAUGACAAUUAAAUCACAAGCCAUUUAAUUACCUUCAGUUUAUUCUAAGAAACACAGUCCAGAUUAUAUUAUGGUUCUUGGACAUAUUAUAAAAUAUUUAUCCCGAGUGGUAUCAAAAACAAUUAAAAUUUCCAUUUAGGUAGCAUCGCCUGAUCCUAACAUUUUCCGUUAGUGCAUGUGGCAGUUUAACAUAUGCAAAUUGACCAAAAUGCAUGCUUUAUCAAGAUUGCGCCUUUUCCAAAAAAUGUGUUCUAUCAUGAAGAUGAACAUAGACAACAAUUGCGCACGGCUUGUACAUCUUUCACCCAAUUUGGGGAUUUGACGUAAACUUUUUCGUGGUAGCAUCAUUGCCAUGGAAACGUGUGAAGAUGUUGCUUGACCCUCAGGCUAAGGUGGCUUCUGAAUUAGCCGUCAAGGCUGUCUUCUAGCUUGACUUAUCACAAGCAGACAACGCAACGACCCAUGGCGUGCACCAAUGUGAAAGUAGGCCUCCAAAACAUGUUCUUGCAUCUGUGUGCUGAAACACUGAUUCGGAGGUGGGGACAGACCUUAGCCUGCUCAUGUCUGUGCUCUGCCUGUUUCAGAUGUUCCUGACAUUGGCUAAGACCCAUCUGGAUGCAACCAAGCCUUACAGAGCUGCCUCAGGGCAGGGCAGGGGGACACAAAUGUAGGGGAGAGGCCCAUUUGUAGUUUUGCUGUCACCUAUGGGAGAAGCUUAUGAAACUUGUAUAAACAGCACUUCCUGGUACCCAUCAGUUUUUUUUUUUUUUCCCCUAGUCUUAAAAUUGACAGAGUGGACAUCUUUUAUCCUGACUGUACCUGUUCCGAUGAUACAAAUUCAGAAAGUUGUCAAAUGUCAGGAAGUCCUUAUUAUUUUAUGAACCGGAGUGAAAACCAACCCAAAACAGUGAAAGUGCUCAGAAAUCUUGUUUCUAAUUUGCAUACCAGUCCUCCCAUGUUGCUCAUAAUCAUCCAGAAAUAAAACACAAAUGUGGUUUCCCAAAUGCCCAGUGUUGGUGUGGGUGCCUUAGCACAGUGUGUGUAGCUAUUUCGUUCAAAUAUAAAAGUAAAAAAGCCAUUACCAAGUUUCCCUUGCAGAACCCAUCAAAACAUUUUAACAGAAAGGGUGAACCAGGUGUUCCCAUGCAGAGGACAUGUGAAAACUCAGAUUGUUCAUUCUGAUUUCUUGGUGCCUCUGUUUAAAAAGCCCAGGUGACUGGUCUUGACCCUGUCUUCACUGCAGGCUGCUCAGAGGUCCUAAAAUACCCUGUUUUUGUAGUAAAUCCCCCACCCAAAAGACAGGAAAGGAAAAUGCAGUCUUGCUUUCGGAUUUGGAGCAGGGACCAAUCACAAAUUCCAUGAGUAUGUCUCAAGCAAGUUACAUCAACGUAUGCUCUGGCACUGAGAAAAUAAGGAGAAACAAUUCUGUUUUGAAGUGUUUUAUCAUUUGGACUCACCCGAAUUGUUUUUUGUUUUUGUUGUUUGUUAAUUUAGAUUAUCCUCUCUAACCAACACCACACUCCCUUCCCUAUAUAGGCUGCCUGAUGUUUCUCUUUCUGUGGGCACAGGCCUGCAACUGAGCUUAUUUAAUCAAUUAAUUAUAGCAGAGCAGGAGCAGGGUCACUAGCCUAACGAUGCCGUACGAACUCAUAUUAUUUGCAGUUAACUCUAGUAUACCAUUGAAGGGCGCAACUUGAAACAUUAUGCAUCUAGCGAGGGGGAAAAAGAAAGAAGGAAUUUCUGCAAAAGUGCAAUGCUCAUUACUUAAAAUAAUGCUUCUGUAAAAAGAGCUUUCGUUCUAAAAGCACACAUUAAGUCACCUGCCAAAAGCUCAGAUUUACUGCUGCCGUUCAGAGAUGCCAAUGUUUAGACUCUCUUCACCUGCUGCUUGCUGAGUCUUUCAUUUGCUCCAUCCAAAAAUUGUUGUAAAGUUGUUGUUUUGUGUCUGCAGUUUUUUGCUUUCUCUGGCACCUAAUGAAAUUAUCAGCAAUAAAUGAGCUAAGCAGCA